AACUUGGUUGACGAAAGAAGUGCAAAAUGAAGAUAUACUGUGUGUUUCUAUUAAUGGCAAUAGUGUCUCAAACACUUGCAGUACCUAACAGAAGAGGUACAUUGAAGUGUCUUAAAUGCCACAAGCAAGACGACCUGACAGUUGGUCAGUGUAUUAAAAACGCAGCGUUCGAAACAUGCAGUUCAAAUAAGCCGACCUGUAUGACUGAAUUAUGGAACAAUAACGGAAAGAUUGUUUUCAGCUCUGAAUGUCAACAGAGUCGGGCUUGUGCUGAGGAAGAGGCUAACGAGCCCAAAAUGAAUCAGUGUGACAAACACCCGCUGAAUAUUGCGACAAAAUGCCGAUACUGCUGUUCUAUCCAGGAGGAACUUUCCCCAGGUGGUUAUUGUAGAUUUCCAGCGUGGAAAACCUGUGUCGUUAAAGGUGACCCCCAUUUCUUUACUUUCGAUGACUACAGAUAUGAUUUCUCUGGGUCAUGUGCCUAUACAUUGUUGGAAGAUAUCAGCAACGGUCCUGGAGCUGUACCAUCGUAUAAGAUAUCGGCAACGAACAUGUAUCUGGGACUGACCGCACGUGUGGUUGAUGUCAAUAUUACAGUGGAGGGACAUGCCGUUGAAAUCGGCACUAUAAUCGGGGAUGAUGACUCGAGUGUGGACAUUCGGAUAGACGGCAUCUCUCCAACAAUUAAUUCAUUCCCUUACGAAUUGAAUGAGGGUCGACUGAUAAUAGACAAUGACGAAGGAGGAUACAUGACUGUCAGUGCACCCAUAGCAGGAUUAAUUGUUUUCUGGAACAAGAAGUAUCAUCUCGAGAUUAUGCUCGACACCACAAUGGUAAUGGAAGACAGGUUAACGAUCGGAGGCAUGUGUGGUAAUGCCAACGGAAAUAUGGACUUUCAAGAUGAAUUGAAAACUAGAGGAGGUAGCGCAGUUCAUGACGAAUCUCCUGAAUCUAUUGCGAACUUUGCCUCUAGUUGGGAAGUUACUGGAACUUGUGUUUCGAUGUAAAUGAACCAACUAAGUUUUUGCAGGGCAUUAUAUGAGGUUCGGCAAUUUGACGAUGAACUUAUAUUAUACAAGAUACUUUUCUGAUGGUUGACAUAUAGUUUCAUGGACUACGCAGACCGUGUGAAAGAACUGAUACUGUUCCCAACAAAUGUUUUUACGUGUAAUGAAGAAUAAAUAGUUUUAUAGAGUGCACAAUGUUUUAAUGAUUCUGUUUUACUUCAAUUACAAUAUAGCUCAGCUCAAUAAUAUAAACAGUAUUAACAAAUGUAGUUAUCUGAAUUUCGUAAUAUUAAAAAUACAAUAU